AUGCUCAGACUUGCAAGAAGGUUCUUCGCAGGAAUUGCCCCCCAAGUCGAAUAUCCUAUAGGAAUUAAAGACGUUCAGAACAUUGACGAAUAUUUGGAUGCAUUAGAAAACAUAGAUUAGUUUAAGUUCGUGGGGUCUUCGCGGUUUAUUUCAGCCACUCGCCGCCUUCUCCCACUUCAGCCUCUCGGCCUAAGCAUGGGAUAGCACUUACGCCUUUUUUGUCGACGUCACCAAAAAAUGGUGACGUCAGCGCUCUCGAGGUGACGCACCCAGGUACUUCUUGGGGCAACUCCUAUCGGUCAGCCCAUCCGUCCGGAGGCGGGAGACGGUAGGGUGUUCUGAAGCCUCCUCCUGUCCUCCAUUACUACCUUCGUUGUCAGGAGUGUGGGGUUGCCUUUGCGACUCUGGUCUUCUUGUCAUAGGUCUAGGUAAAAAACCCUGCCAUGGUGUCCUGGCCAGGGAGAAAAAAACCCUACCCGGGACACAAAUUCUCCAGGCCCCAUCCCUCUUAGACACAAGGCACGAGGCAGUGGGAGAAGGACGGGUCAGAGUAGUCACCAUUUUAUUUGUGUUAGAAAACAUAGAAGAAGGGAAAUUUCCAAUCGUUGAGCAAAAACUCAUUCAAUGCUUGAGUAUUGCUGAAGAAAGAGGACUCUAUGGUGAGCCGCCUUAUAAUAUUCUCCUCAAAAGACUAGCCUUUAUAUUUAGGAUUGAAAAUAAGACUAGUAUGUGCGAAAGGCUGCUGGAAGAGAUCGUAAAAAAUUUCAAAGAAAGAGAAAGCCUAUAUCCAAGCCAGCUUUCUUGCUCCUAUGAAACUCUACUUAUGCAGUAUUUAGAUACAAAUAUUGACAAAGGUAUUGAUUUAGCUAAUCCUUCAUCCUAAAAAAUAUAUAUUUUAUAAGUUAAAUUGAAUAUUGUUUUCCAAUUUUGACUAACUGGUUUAAAAAAAUAUUUUUGGUAACUCAUAAAGAGGAUAAGAAGCUAUUAGAGGAAAAGCCUAGUCACAUAAAUGAAGAAUUCGUCAAAAAUAUGUUAGCGAUAGCUUACUUACUUAAAGGGGGAAACAUAUGAGAAUCUAAAAAGCUUUUAUCUUCUCUAAUAGCAACAAAUCCGCAGCAGCCUGAGCUCUAUCAUAAUUUAGGCUGCGCUCAGUGGUGGCAUCUUUUGUCAUUUGAAAAACCAGAAACAAUUACUAUCAAAGAAGGAGAGACCUAUGAGCAGUCUGAAUAUAGAGCUGCUGCAAUGGAGUUUACAGAUUCAGUAGCAAGCUUUCAAAGAGCCAUUCAACAUUUCGAAGGGCUGCCUGAUAUUUAUAAAAUUGACCCAAACAAUAAGCUUGGUUUAAAAUCAUCAAUUUGUGGAAUCUCCCUUACAAAUAUCUCUGAAGUCCAUCUUCAAAGCGCAAAUCUAGAGGUAACUUAAAAUUAGCCUGAAGGAAGCCAUAAAAUGACUUAAAUGUGCUUUAACGUUUUAUGAAGAAGUUGAUAAACAAAACGCUGGGAGAUCUCUAGCGCUAACAGGAGUUUUCUUAAAAUUCCAAAAAGAAUAUAAUGAGGCAGAAAAAGUUUUAACUAAAGCGCUUGGGCUUGUGAACGGAGUAAUAAUAACAUAGAGAGGUGACUAUAAUGAGAUCUUUGUAAAUGAAGUUUAUGCCUCAGUUCUAAAGAAGCUAAAAAAGGAAAAAGAAGCUGAAGAAUUAUUGGAAAAAGCAAAUGGGUUGUCGAAGAAUUUGACAUAUUGGGCAGCAAGAGCGGUCCAUCUGCAUAUUCCAAUGUGGACCCUUUAA